AUGAUAGCCGAACGUAAAAGACUAUCAAGUGGUCUUACAGUCACCUCUAAGGUUUUUGUGCGUUCCAGAAAUGGAGGUGCUACAAAAAUCGUCAGAGAACAUUACUUACGGAAUGAUAUUCCAUGCUAUUCUAAAGCAUGUACCAAAUGCCACCAAUUAUUACAGGCUGAUGCUAAAGGUGAUUUGGCCAAGAUGAUUUUCUCCGAAAGUCCUCUAGCUCUCAAGGGAAGCUCUAAUGGACACUAUGUUGUCGUGGAUACUAAUAUUUUACUUCAUGCCAUUGAUUUGGUAGAGAAUAUCAACUGUUUCUACGACGUUAUCAUUCCACAAACAGCUCUUGAAGAAGUUCGUAAUAGAUCGUUACCAAUUUACCAUAGAGUUAGAGGUUUAGUCAAAUCUGAAGAUAAAAGAUUUGCCGUUGUGCAUAACGAAUUUAACGAAGCAGCAUAUGUGGUUAGAGAGAAAGGAGAACUGAUCAAUGAUAGAAAUGAUAGGGCAAUCAGAAAGCUUUGUACUUGGUAUGAUACCCAUAUCAAUAGAGAUAACAGCAAAACUAAAAUAGAUAUAGUAUUUGUUUGCAACGAUAGAGAUAAUAGAAAGAAGGCAUCUGCCAGUGGGAUCAAGGCUUAUUCUUUAGCUGAAUACAUUGAUUUAUUGCCCAAUGGAGAAGAAUUGAGAGAUUCUGUUCCACAAGAUGAUCAAGAUUUCAAAGCUGAUAAGACGGAAACAAUGUUUCCUGAAUACUACUCCAAUGCAAGACUCAUGGGUGGGAUCCGUAAUGGUACAUUAUAUCAAGGUAUCAUGCAUAUAUCAUCAUAUAAUGUUUUAGAAGGUCAGGUCACUGUUCCUGCUUUUAAAAAACCAUUAUUAGUCAUAGGGACAAAGAACUUGAACAGAUCUUUUAACGCUGAUUCUGUUGUUGUGGAAUUACUUCCUAAGGAUAAAUGGAGAGAACCCUCCAGUACCAUUGUGGAUGAAAGCACAAUUGGUGAAAACGAUAAUCCUGAAGAAGAUAACGACGAUGCCAGCACUAAUGACGGUCCCACAAGUUUAAUAUCAGAUAACGAAAGGAAAAUGUUAGCUAAUGAAGCUAUCAGAUCAACGGCUGCUUCUGCCGAAAAGAAAUUGUUACCAACAGCUAAAGUUGUGGGGAUUGUCAGAAGAUCAUGGAGAUAUUAUGUUGGUCAGAUUGCUCCCACUUCAGUUUCUGCAGAACAUGGUCAUUCAUCAAAGAGCUGUUUUGUAAUUUUGAUGGACCCUUUAUUACCAAAGAUAAGAAUUCAAACUCGGAAAGCUCAUGAAUUAUUGGGUCAAAGAAUUGUUGUUGCGGUUGAUACAUGGCCAUCGAACUCAAAAUAUCCUCAAGGUCACUUUGUUCGUACUCUUGGAGAAAUUGAGAGUGCUGAAGCUGAAACAGAAGCAUUACUUUUGGAACAUGACGUCGAAUAUAGACCAUUCUCAAAGAGUGUUUUGGAUUGUUUACCCUCUGAGGGUGAUAAUUGGGUUGUCCCAGAGAAAUUAGAUGGUGAUGAACAAUUAAAGAAGAGAGUUGAUUUGAGAGAUAAAUUAGUUUGCUCUAUUGAUCCUCCAGGGUGUGUUGAUAUUGAUGACGCAUUACAUGCUAAACCUUUAAGCAACGGUAAUUAUGAAGUUGGUGUCCAUAUUGCUGACGUUACACAUUUUGUUAAGCCCGGAACUGCUUUGGAUAAUGAAGGUGCAGCAAGAGGUACAUCUGUUUACUUGGUUGACAAGAGAAUUGAUAUGCUACCAAUGUUAUUAGGUACCAACUUAUGUUCCAUUAAACCUUAUGUUGAAAGGUUUGCAUUUUCUGUUAUUUGGGAAUUGGAUGAAGAUGCCAAUAUUGUUGACGUGAGGUUUAUGAAGUCUAUAAUUAAAUCACGGGAAGCCUUUUCGUACGAGAAGGCACAGAUAAGAAUUGAUGAUGCCACUCAAACAGACGAAUUAACCAACUCAAUGAGAAUUUUAUUAAAGCUAUCAAAGAAAUUGAAGCAACAAAGAAUUGAUGCUGGUGCAUUGAAUUUGGCUUCACCGGAAGUCAAAGUUCAUAUGGAUAGUGAGACAUCCGAUCCUGGUGAGGUUGAGAUUAAAAAGCUAUUAGAGACCAAUUCUCUUGUUGAAGAAUUUAUGUUGCUUGCCAAUAUUUCUGUUGCUCGUAAGAUUUAUGAUGCAUACCCACAAACAGCUAUGUUAAGAAGACACGCACCUCCUCCAGCUACCAACUUUGAAGCAUUGAAUGACAUGCUUAACGUUCGCAAACCUGGUAUGUCUGUUUCUUUGGAAUCUUCAAAAUCAUUGGCUGAUUCUCUUGAUAGAUGUGAAGACCCCAAGGAUCCUUAUUUCAACACUCUUUUGCGUAUUAUGGCCACAAGAUGUAUGAUGGCUGCCGAAUACUUUUCAUCUGGUUCUUAUGGAUAUCCCGAAUUUAGACAUUAUGGUUUAGCUGUUGAUAUUUAUACGCAUUUCACCUCACCAAUUAGAAGAUAUUGUGACGUGGUGGCACACAGACAAUUAGCAGGAGCAAUUGGAUAUGAGAAUUUGGAUUUGAGUCAUCGAGAUAAAUCCAAAAUGGAAAUGAUUGUUAAGAAUAUUAACAGACGUCAUAGAAAUGCUCAAUUUGCUGGAAGAGCAAGUAUAGAAUAUUAUGUGGGGCAAGUUAUGAGGAAUAAUGAGAGUGAACAAGAAGGAUAUGUUAUCAAAUGUUUCAAUAAUGGGUUGGUUGUUAUAGUGCCUAAGUUUGGAGUAGAAGGGUUGAUCAAAUUGGAGGUCUUGGGUGAUGUGAAUUCCGCUGACUUUGAUGAGAGCAAAUAUGAGUUAACAUUCAAUGAUCAUAAUGGGAAAAAGAGAACUAUUGGUGUUUUUGAUAAGGUUCAAGUUGAAGUUAAAUCUGUUAAAGAUGAAGUUACAGGCAAAAGAAAGGCUCAACUCUCGUUGAAAUAA